UCCUAAAAAUUACAAAUUGCUCUCACUUUUGUCUUUAUUUCGUUUUUCACUCUCGUGCUGAUUCUAAUCAGCAUGGCAAUGCUCAACUCCAACACUCACCUGAGGGUUCCUCGAGGUUUUGGUGCUAUACUGGAAGGAUUAACAAGAGAAAUUCUUCGAGACCAGCCCAAAGAUAUUCCAAAAUAUGCUGCAGAAUAUUUUGAGGCUUUGCUUAAAAACAGAGAAGAAACAGGCACAGACCCCUCUGAGUGGGCUGCCAAAUUAGAAGAUCGCUACUACAACCCUCAUUCAUUUAAGACCUCAGACCAUGCCUCAAGGACAACUGUCUCUAAGUGAGUUUUGCACUGCACUGGCAGCAGGCCCAUAUCACAGAACAGGGAAGAGAAGUUAAAGC